AUGACACAAGACCAUAGGAAGCUCAGUUCAGAAAUGAUUAGCCAUAACAUCAGAGAACUUGUCAACCAAGACGCCUCACUUAAGGUGAUCAUUGCCCAUAUUCUUGAAAAGUACAGGUACAUAAUAUCUUACAGGAAAACAUGGAUCGCCAAGUGUAAGGCCACAGAGUCGCUCUAUGGAAAUUGGGAAACAUCUUACAACGACCUACCACAAUGGAUACCGGUAAUGAAAACCUACCUUCCAAGAACCAUUAUAGAUUUGCAAACCCUACUUGCAAUUUCAAAUGAUGGUUCCCAAAUCUCUGGAAAACGAAUAUUCCAUCGUCUGUUUUGGCAUUUCGUCCGUGUAUACGUGGCUUCGCCUACUGUAAGCCCAUUGUGCAAGUAG